ACUUCACAAUUAAUCGGCCGAUACGCGCGCACACAGUUGUUAUUUAACGGAUGCCAUUUGUGACCUGCAGUAUUCAGUUUCGUGCUAGUAAAAAUUGUGUCCGUCAUAUCAAAAUUCCUACCGGAGAAAAUGAACUUUAAGAUCUGUCUUCUGCUAGUUGCCAUCGGCGUGUCGCAGGUGUGUUCCGUCUGUAAUGUUGGGCUCGGUAAACGACAAACGUUUGACCAUGAGGUGGACGUGUUGAGGGUGCAAAAGGGCCCCUUGCCGAUCCCGCAAAAUAUGACCCUGAUCUUUGACUACGAAGUGGAUCCCACUGAUAGUUUGGAAAUGACUUACGUUCAAAUUCAGGGAUCAUUAUCGAGCUGCCUACUUGUCAUUGAUAACAAUGUAGAUGUCAAAAAAGCUUUCCGAGUACAAAUGCUCAGCCCGGAACCUGUGACAGAGAUGCAAGGAACUGCCAAAGUCUAUGGAAUUCGCCGAGGGAAUUAGAACAAGUUACAGAGCUCAAAUUCAAUGAAAAGAAAAUUUUCGCUCACACACAGAAAAGAAAUAAACAAUAAUGUGUUUGUCUUAGGA